CACGUCUCUCCCCGCCCUCCUGCUCCUGCUCCUUCUCUUCCUCCUGCUCUAUCUCCACUCUUGCUGUCCCAUCGUGUUCUGCUCCAACUUAGCUUGCUGCCUCCUACAGCCUGCUUGCUUCCUCCUGGCACAUUCCAUUAACUCGAGCUAUUCCCCUAUCCUCCCUGCACACUUUCGUAGGUUCUUGCUAGAUCCGGAUCCAAGGCUUGUCGCCGACCAUAGACCAGAUCGUUUUCAAAAGAUCAAACUCUUCCCAACGCUCAAUUUUCUCUGAGGGUCUCAACCCUCAAGUGGAACCAACCUGCUCUUCCUUCUGCGAGCGGCCUCUGCCAAAGAGCUCGCGUUCGGACUUGCACUGUGCGGCCACAAUUCCUCAAAAAUUUUCAACUUGUAUAACCAUGCAAUCUGCAUAUACUCCAUCCUCCUCUGAUUCCGACUCGGAGACCUCCAAGCACACAGCACAGGUCCUUCCACGCAAGUGCUUCCUCAAGGACUCCAAGGAGCGCGUGGGCGGUGCCGUCGUCCUGAGCCCCGCAUCGCUAUCGAAGCUGUUCCACAUGCGGCAGCUGGACGCAGCGAAGCACCUUGGGAUCUCGCUGACGUCACUCAAGAGCGCGUGCCGGCGCAUCGGGCUUGAUCGAUGGCCCUACGAGAGGACGUACGAGCGCAUGUCGGAGAGAGGAUGCAGGAAGGGAAGCAGGAAGGGGAGGAAGGAGUCAGCGAGGGAAUCGGGGAAGGAACUGGAAGAGACAAGAGGAGGGUACGGGGAGGCAUAUUCUUUGUUCGACGAGGCCCUGGAGCAUGUGGAAUCUGGGAUCUUCUCUUAUGCUAUGUGAAAUCCCUUGUUUGUGUGGCCAUCGCAAGUACUAGGUGUGCGUGUGUGUUUUUCUAUAUGGAGGA